GAAACCGAGGAUUCAUAUCAAAAUCAGCAGUUAUGUGAAGUUUCAGCGUCUUUGUUGAUAAAAUUAGCAACUAGUAAAACUUUGAAAGUUAUUAAUUUCAAAGAAAUGUUAGCGGCAGAAGUAAACAAUGACCGGACGAUACUGGAUUACCUGAACGAGGACUGCUGGCGCGCCGUGUUGCAGUAUGUGCCCGUGCAGGACCUCAUACGGACAGAGCGCGCCAGCCGCCAGUGGCAGGCGGUGCUGCUGACGUACUUGCGAGGAAUCCAUAUUACUAUUGUUGAAAGGGGAGAAGUACAUCAUAACACUUUGAAGUUGACACUUUCAGAAGACACCAUAGAGUCAUUUGAGAUUUGGACACAAAAACUGGGCAGUUCAGUUGUGGACACAUAUUGCAACAGUCUUGAGAGUUUAGCAAUAAUCAAAGAGAACUGCCCUAACAUCAAUGCUCUGAAGUUACAGUUUUCGGAAUCUCCUGCCCCUGAACAACUGCUUCCAUUUAAUCUACGGGAAAACUUCAAGUUUGUACAACAGGUGUAUUUCUCUUGUUAUAAUAUAUCAGACCCAUGUGUCAGUGAAUUUUUGGCAGACAGAGCCUUGCAAGAAUUGGAAUUCUAUUCUUGCCAUGCAAUGACUGGUCUUUGUUUCAAUACCAUAAACCUGUCAAAUUUAAAGUCGCUGGUGAUUGAUUAUUGUAGAAUAAUGGAGCCAAAAUACAUACUUCCUGUCAUUGACCGCCUUGGCGAACUGACAAAGCUCAAGGUGGCUACCGUACCGUAUGAAAUACUUGAAGAAAUGCAGAUGGUGUUAGAUAAGAUGCCCAAAUUAGAAUGGUUGGAACUGUUCGAUGACUUACGGAUGAGUUGCCAUACUUCGGAGCCCUUGAGUCGGCUGACACGCCUAAAGCACCUCAAGAUAUCAUGUCAGCUGGGCGACUGUGAUGUGGAGGCUGUAACGCGCAACUGCCAGGAGUUAACUACUUUGGAUUUGCCAGACUGUCAAGGGAUGACGUCGGAAAGUGUGGAGCCACUGUGCCGGAACCUGGGCGCGCGCCUCACGUCACUGUACCUGGGCACGUUCUACGAGGCGGAAGACGACGACGUAGUGGCCAUCAUCCGCGGCUGUCCCCAACUCACGUUGUUGUUCAUCGGGGGCUCGGGGUCGCUGACUCCGGCACUGCCGGCGCGCGCGGCGGCGGCGCGGCGCGCGGCCAGCCCGGGCCGCCGCCUCACGCUGGACCUGGCCUACACCAACCUCACCGAUCAUUGCUAUCUGGAAGAAGUCAAAGAUCAAUAUGAAGAAAUGAAGACGGAGUAUGAAGACUUAACUGUAGUUUUAUAAUACACCGUUAACGGAAUUCAAUAAAAACACGAUGUAGACAUCUUCAAUUCUUUGGUUUGGACCACCAAGGAUGUCGCAGAUCUGCUGUGUAAAAAAAGGAAAGAUCACAAGAAACCGAGAACACACGUACAAAAUUAAACAUACAACAUAGUGCGUAAGCUAAUGCGGGUUAAUCUCUUAACGGUGGUGAGUAUAGGACAUAAGAAAUGAGAUUACUUUUACUAAACGGUUUAUCUAUACAAAAUUAUUUGGAAUGUAAUGAAAAACGCUCGUUGACCGAUGUAAUUCACUGUCAUCGCAAUCAUGUUUACUGUAUAUUGCUGCUGAGAAUUUAUUUUUUUUAAAUUAAUUAUGGGGUAAAAUUAAGAGUAACUCAAAAACACCUUAAUUAAUGAUAACACUAAUGAAUUCUAUGUCUGGUUUAAUUUAUCGGCCGUGGCUUACACACUAUUCAGUCUAACCUCGGGUACCUACUGCUAUUUCUGCCGUUAGUGAUGCAUUAACCUACUAGUGAUAAAUGGCAAUAGUAUGCGCAGCAUAUUCAAGAUUAUGUAGCCGGCUUGUGUUUCUUGUUUAUUGUAUUAGAACUUUAUUUGUGAAUGAACUAAUAAAUAAAUAAAUAAAUAAAUAAAUAUUAUAGGACAUUCUUACACAGAUUGACUGAGGCCCACGGUAAACUCAAGAAGGCUUGUGUUGUGGGUACUCAGACAACGAUACAUAUAAUAUGUAAUAAAGCAAUAAUGAAAAAAAGAGCGCUUUACUUACGAGCUAGGCUCGAGCAGAAGGGAGAGGGGUACUCUGUGUUUUCUCUGGUGCAAAGGCUGUCCGUGGUAAAUUGGUAAUACAUGUGGAAAUGUUAGAAUGCAUUAUGGGCACCUUUGCAUUGGAAAUGGCAGGGUGUCGUUUGUUAUUAUAAAUUUCUAUUAGUAUUAAUUUAGAAAAGUAUGUGAUAAAGAAAUUUUAAUUU